CAAACACUGACUCAACUCUGAGACUGAGAUGUCCUCACUGCCAAAACUCCUCCUCUAUCCAUAAACGGCCAUGUGUCUUCUCUCUCCGCCGCAUCCAUGCCCCGAUGAAUCCGCUCUCAUCUCCCAAUUGCUCGAAUCGGAGCCCCACCCGGACUACAUCCGCUCCAUCAACCUCACCUCACUCCAUGACUCCAUCAAUUCCAUUCUCAAGGUACAUGCGCACUUCCAUUUCAAACCGGUCAAGGCUUUCCUCACCCUGGCCUCAACUACUUCCACCGUUUCCUCGCCGCUCAUUCCCUUCCGGAAUCUGGAUGGUCGUUUCACCUUCUAUCCGUCGCCUGCCUAUCUCUAGCAGCCAUAAUGGAGGAAUUGCACGUCCCAUCCCUUCUACACCUCCACACCGCCUCCAUUUUCGACCCCACCACGAUUCUCAGAAUGGAGCUUCUGGUUUUGGCGACUCUCAAUUGGAGAUUGCGCUCCGUCACUCCAUUCGAUUACCUCCAUCACUUCAUCUCAAUCCUUCCUUCUUUCGAUCACUCCGUCGCCUCCGAUAUCAUCCUCAACACCAUCCAUGUGAUAGGAGGUUUCCGCCAUCGGUGAUUGUUUGUUUGUGUGAGGAAAUGUUUUUGGAAAUUUGAGGUAGUCAAAUGGAAUUUCACAUUCUCCAUGGGUUCAAAAAAGAAAUAUUUCUGAUCUUGGCAGGAAAAGGUAAAGAGCUGUCAUCAGCUACUUGUUGGACAUGUGUCCGGACGGGGUCAAAGCCGCGCCGGCGUACUCGAUGCAGCGGCUUGUGCCGACCACUCCGAAAAUCCAUCCUGCUCCGACUCUGAAAUCAAGCGGCCGAGAUUAUCUGCGCAGGAUGUACAGGAAUCGUUGUAGCCGAAGUUAAU